GUCGCUCUAAUCGUUGGCAGAAGCAGUCGUUAGCACGGUUAAUAAAUAAUAUUCAAAACUCUUUACGUAAAACGUAAAGAUAUUUUGGAAUAAUGAAAGGACAAAGUGCAUGUAUGUGAUAAGUGAAUUAUAGUGCAUAAAUCCAGUGUGUUUAUACUAUUUGUGUGUAAGAAAACAGUUUUCUUGCGAUUUUGAUAGUAAAAUCGCAAGCAAUACAUACGUAAACGGAACUAAAACUUGGAUUCUUCUACGUUUUCUGCAACUCGCAAUGCGGUGCUGACAAGUCGUGAUGAUGAGGCUCGAAGCGACCGACAAGCACCGCUACCACAAUCUACUUGAUGAUGACCAUGCCAAUGAAAUGCUAGAGAGCGAAGGGGCCGGGCUCGCCGCGCGGGUGGCCGAGCUGGAGGUGCGCUGCUCCCGGCAGGCGGAGGAGCUGCUCUGCCUUCGCUCCACGCUGGCCGAUGCUCUGCGGCGGCUGAACGCGCUGGAGGGCCGCGCGCCGGCCACUGCGAGCGCUCAGAGGAAUGGCGCAUAUACAGGAUCAACAGGCACCCCCACGCGAGAGCUGCGCAUCACAAGACAGUCCACGUACAGGGAGACAGCUAAACGCAGCUCCAGCUAUGGAUCCAGUGCAUCAUCAUUACCUCAGAGACGCGGCCCCCAGCACCAAUCGACCGGGUCGCUGCAGUCCGACUCGCCGGCGUCGUCCUCGUCGCUGUCCCCCGCCCCGUCGCCCUCGCCGCGCGCCACCCCCGCGCCGCACCCCGCGCAGCACGCCGCGCCCGCGCAGCCCUACAGAUCGCGCAAUAGCUCCACCUCCAGCAACCAGAGCCCGUCCCCGGGCGCCACGCUCACCAAGCGAUGGAACUCCACUGGCGACUUCACAGCCCAGGGCCUGCUGCCCAACGCGAGGUUCACUACAACCAAGUCCUUGCUAAAUUUGUAUUCUAAGCCGUCGCAGAACGGGCCUAUGUUAAAACACGGCACCCACACCUGUCAGUACAACGAGGAAGAUGGAUCCAUGAGGAUGUAUCUCCGCGGUAGACCCGUGGUACUAUAUGGGCCGAGUGACCACGAUACGCUGGACCCCGCGAAGGUAGCCCCGCCACCGCAGAGCAAGCUCAAGUUGGAAUGGGUGUACGGAUAUAGGGGCAAAGACUGCCGCAGCAACCUCUACUUGCUCCCAACGGGCGAGAUAGUCUACUUCGUGGCCGCAGUGGUCGUACUCUUCAACGUGGAGGAGCAGUGCCAGCGACACUACACCGGCCACACUGAUGACGUCAAAUGCAUCGCUAUUCACCCGAAUAAGCUGAUCAUUGCUAGCGGCCAGUGUGCGGGGCAUGAUCGAUUGGACGCUAGGCCGCACAUCCGCGUGUGGAACUCGGUGUCGCUGGCCACGCUGGCCGUGCUGGGCGCGGGGCAGCUGGAGCGCGCCGUGUCGUGCCUCACGUUCUCGCGCGCGGACGGCGGCGCGCUGCUGGCGGCCGUGGACGACGGGCCCGACCACGCCAUCAGCGUGUGGGACUGGCAGCGCCCCGACCGCCCCUGCCUCGCCGAGACCAAGUGUUCAGUAGACACAGUGGUCGCAGCUGAAUUCCAUCCGCUAGACAAAAACCAAAUAGUGACCUGUGGCAAAGGGCACAUCGCGUUCUGGACGCUUGACGCGUCCAACGUGCUCUUUAAGAGGAUGGGCAUUUUCGAGACACGGGAUAAACCCAAAUAUGUUACUUGUCUUGGGUUUAAUCACAACGGCGACGUAAUAUCCGGCGACAGCAACGGCAACCUGACGGUGUGGGGCCGCGGCACCAACACCAUCAGCAAGCUGGUGCGCGGCGUGCACGCGGGCGCCGUGUUCAGCGUGUGCGCGCGCAAGGACGGCGCCGUGCUCUCCGCCGGCGGCAAGGACGGCCGCCUCGUGCUCUUCGACGCCGACCUGCGGCCCGCCGGCGCCGAGACCGUGAUCGAGGGGCACUACGGCGGGGUGCGCGUGGUGGCGGAGGGGCGCGGCGCGCAGCUGUACAUCGGCACCACGCGCAACUGCAUCCUGCACGGCGACCUCGAGCUGGGCUUCACGCCCGCCGUGCUCGGCCACGUGGAUGAAGUAUGGGGUCUAGCCGCUCAUCCAACCUUGCCUCAAUUCGUAUCUGGCGGUUGGGACAAGUUACUGCAGCUGUGGGACGGACUCAGCCAUUCUACUGUCUGGAGCAAAGAUAUAGAGGAGCGCGCGCAGAGCUGCGCGUGGGCGGCGGACGGCGGCGCCAUCGCGGUGGGCUGCGCCAGCGGCAAGUGGCUCGUGUUCGACCCGCUCUCGCGGGACCUCGUCGCGCAGCACCAGGACGGCACGGAGCCAAUCCAGACCAUCCAAUAUUCACCAGAUAACAAGAUGGUGGCCAUCGGUUCCCGAGAUAACUUCAUCUACAUAUACCAGGUCGAUGACGACUGUACUAGAUACUCGAGACUCGGCAAGUGCUUGGGUCACUCGAGCUUCAUAACACACUUGGAUUGGUCUGAAGACAGCCAGUACAUCAGAAGUAAUUCUGGGGACUAUGAAUUACUUUACUGGAACGCAACCACCUGCCGACAGAUCACCAGCCCCACGUCGAUGCGCGACGUGGUGUGGGCCACCACCAACUGCCCCAUCACGUUCCACACGGUGGGCGUGUGGCCCGACAACGCUGACGGCACCGACAUCAACUCGUGCACUCGAUCUCACGAUAGUCGGCUGGCCGCUACGGGCGAUGACUUCGGCAAAGUGAAACUCUACGCCUAUCCUGUAACACAACCUAAGUCUCUCUGCCACCAAUAUGGCGGCCAUUCGUCCCACGUCACGAGCGUGCGUUUCCUACCGGAUGACUCCAGACUCAUUUCCGGUGGAGGUCUCGAUACAAGUAUCAUGCAAUGGAUCGUCGAUUAAGUGCUGCCAGAACAAGUGUACUGGCAACAUUGCUACACGGAUAACUGGCAAUGGAUUGACUGGAAGAAAAAAAAUUAUCGGAGUGAAUACAAGCAUGGCGUAAUGGAUAGUUGAUUUAGUGUUGCCAGAACACUUUCAAUGUGUACUGGCAAUAUUGCUACAUGAAACAACAGGCAACUUUGAAAGGAUUGAUCAACAUCAACUGGCAACACUGAAUCUAUUACCUUUCACGGACUUACUAAAACAGGAAGAAAUUGUCAGGAAGAACACGACUUCAUCUUUAUGCAUCUGACAAUCCUAAAUUUGAUGUUUUUAAUAAAUGUUACCAAAAAUUAAGAGAUAAUUGGCAACAAAAAUUUAUCUGGCCUAAUUUGUAUCUAGUAACAUUUGAGUGCUGUCAAAAUUAACAUAUGAUAUUGUGCAGCUAUGUGUCUUUCAUUGUAAUAAUUGUUAUAUUUUGAAACAGGACUAUUAUCAUAGAACGUCAAUUGUAUCGCAUAGUGCUAAAAUAAAAAAAAGCAUUGCAGCAUGUGAAAUUCACAAUGAACAAAUUAAACUUAAUAGAAGUUGACGUAAUUUAUAAUAACCAAAACAAAUUGAAUAAUGGAGAAAACAUUUCUUAAAAUAAAACACAGUUAUUUAUUAACUCGAUUCUACCAAAUGGCCGAAAUUUGAUAUUAUUUUAUCUUCUGGACCAAUAUUCAAUCUUUAUACUGAAAAAUACACUAAAUAAUAUGUAUUUAUGCACAUUUAAUACUUGUCUUUUGUCGACUUUGACUACGACAUUGAAAUAAAAUUUUAGAUAUAGUAUUAUUAAAAUCUUAUAAUCGAUAUUCGUUUGUUAUUUAUGUGCGUACAAAGUAGUUAAUCGAAUAUAUUUAAUUAAUCGGUCUAAAUCCACACUGUAAUUAAUAUAAUUGGUGUUUAUUCUAUGUAACCGUUUUAGGGUAAUAAAAAUUGCGCUUCAGAGCUUAUUAUAAAUAAAAUUUACGGAAGCAAAUCACUUGUAUUGAUGAUUUUUAUUGUUAUGUUCACUUAAGUUAUUCGUGAACUUUGCUUCCUUCUUAUUUUAUGUUGACGGUACUGCGAACCGUCCAUAUAACUAACGAUAUGUUUUUUUAUUGAAUAUUGGAACAUUAGUACAGUUAGCUAAUUAAUUUCGAGUACAAAUUAAUUUUUUGUCUGUUUUGUGGUUGUGAUAUUAUGUUUCGUAUUGUUUCUCGCAAAGGGUUGAUAAUCCGUCGAAUUGAUUUCCUACAGAUAAAUAAGAAAAUUAUUUACAUUAGCAACACUGAAUAAUAUAGUAUUUUUACACUUGCAACUCUACGAAUAUUGUCAAUUGUGAUUUGAGCUUUUUGAGUGUAUUUUUCUUAAUGCAUAAUAUUUGUAGCACUUUUGUCUGUUUUAUUUAGAAUAAGAUUUACAAAUUAGAAUAUUAUUCUUUGUAUUAAUUAAGUUUUAUGUGAUUUAUGGAAAACGAAUUGCACUGCUGGUGUGUUAUUGGCGUUAAUAAAGUUAUUUAUUUUUAAGUUUUCCAUGGAUCAGGUUUUAUAAUUAAGUGGCAACAUUCCUUAUUUUUAGCAUUUCUUUGUAACCUAGUCACGGUUGGUUCAUUUCAUCUUAAUUAUUGUAACUCUCAUUGCGUAGUAUAAGCACUAAUAUUGUAUUUUUCUGUAUAUAUACAAACAUAUAUGAUGGGUUUGUCCGUCUUUUGAAUGUGCCUCUAAUAAAUACAAUGUUUACUGAA